GCUGCCCGACUACUCUCUCUCUCACUGGUAGUCGUCUCCGUUUGCUUUUCCGACGAGACCACCGGCGGCAAAUGGUGUCUCCAAAGCAGCUCCUUUCAACCAUAGAGUCGUCUCUUCUCAGUUCCACAACUCCCACGCCGUCGCAGAGAGUCGAGCUCUUUCAUGCCAUUCGCCAAUCAUUCCCUUCUCUCAAGUCCCUCCUCUCAUAUCCACCUCCAAGGUCAUCGGACAGAGCAGAAGUUCAGUCUAAAGAAGUCAGACUUCCGGAUUCUUCUCCAAUUUCUCUUGACGAUCAGGAUGUUCAGAUUGUUUUGAAGUUGAGCGAUGAUUUACAUCUCAAUGAAAUAGACUGUGUGCGAUUGCUUUUAGCAGCUAAUCAAGAGUGGGGAUUACUAGGACGAGAUGCUGUGGAGAUUUUGCGUCUUGCAGCGGGUCUUUGGUAUUCUGAAAGAAGAGAUAUAAUAACAGCUCUUUAUACACUUUUAAGGGCUGUAGUGCUUGACCAGGGUCUGGAAGCUGAUCUCUUGGCUGACAUUCAAAAAUAUCUGGAAGAUCUUAUUUGUUCUGGACUCAGGCAAAGAUUAGUUUCUCUCCUGAAGGAACUAAAUCGAGAAGAACCUGCUGGUUUGGGUGGGCCACAAUCUGACCACUAUGUUCUUGAUUCAAGAGGCGCCCUUGUGGAAAGGGUGGGGGUUGUAUGCAGGGAAAGACUCAUUCUUAGUCAUUGCCUUGUCCUAUCUGUUCUAGUUGUCCGACCAAGCCCAAAAGAUAUAAAGGAUGUGUUUUCUUAUCUGAGAGACAGUGCCACUGGACUUGAUGGAACUAAUGACACACUAAAGCAUCAGAUAACUUAUAGCCUUCUCUUUUCUCUUGUAAUCACCUUCAUAUCAGACGCACUGGCUGUUGCUUCUGAUCAAGUUUCUGUUCUAUCUCAAGAUGCUUCUUUCAGGCUUGAAUUUCAGGAAAUUGUGAUGGUUCCAAAUAAUGAUCCUGUGGUUGAGGGUUUUGUUAACUGUGUAAGAUUUGCAUGGGCUGUUCAUCUAAUGUUGAUACAAAAUGGAACUGAACGUGGGGAUGUCGUAUCAAAUGCUUCUAUGGGUGACACACGGAAUAUUUUUUCGUGCUUGGAAGUUGUAUUUGGAAGCAAUGUUUUUCAUUUUGUCUUGGACAAGAUUCUAAAAACUGCUGCCUAUCAGAAUGAUAACGAGGACAUAAUCUACAUGUACAAUGCUUAUAUGCAUAAGCUGAUUACAUGUUUUCUUUCUAAUCCAGUUGCUAUGGACAAGGUGAAAGAUGCAAAGGAGAAGGCUAUGACUGCACUUAAUCCAUACCGCAUGACUGGAUCUCAAGAAUAUUUACUGGAGAGUGGCAUGCAUGUACAAGAUGCUGCUGAAAGACCUCAGCCAUUCAUUUCUAUGUUAGAGUUUGUGAGUGAAAUCUAUCAGAGAGAACCAGAGUUAUUAUCAGGAAAUGAUAGCUUGUGGACAUUUGUCAAUUUUGCGGGAGAGGAUCAUAGUAAUUUUCAAACUCUUGUGGCCUUUCUGAGAAUGCUGAGUACUCUGGCUUCUAAUGAGGAAGGUGCCUUGAAGGUUUUUAACUUGCUUCAGGGUAGAACAUUCAGGUCUAUUGGUUGGAGUACUUUGUUUGAUUGUCUAUCAAUUUAUGAAGAGAAGUUUAAGCAGGCCUUUCAGACUGCCGGGGCAGCAUUACCAGAGAUGCAAGAAGGGGAUGCAAAAGCACUUGUUGCCUAUUUGGAUGUCCUGAAAAAGGUUGUGGAAAAUGGGAAUCCAGCAGAAAGGAAAAAUUGGUUUUCUGAUAUUGAACCAUUGUUCAAGCUCCUUGGUUUUGAGAAUGUGCCUCCAUAUUUGAAGGGUGCUCUACGUAAUGCUAUAUCAACGUUUGUUCGCGUUUCUCCUUCCUUAAGAGACAAUAUAUGGAGUUACCUGGAGCAAUAUGAUCUGCCAGUAGUUGUUGGACCUAAUAUUGGAAGCAGUGGCCAAUCCAUGACAACACAGGUGUAUGAUAUGCAGUUUGAGUUAAAUGAAAUAGAAGCUAGAAAAGAACAAUAUCCUUCUACAAUAUCCUUUGUUAACUUGUUGAAUACACUUAUUGCUGAAGAAAGGGAUGUGAGUGAUCGAGGACAAAGAUUUAUAGGCAUAUUCUUGUUCAUAUAUGAUCAUGUUUUCGGGCCGUUCCAGCAAAGAGCCUAUGCUGAUUUGUCUGAGAAAUGGGAAUUAGUUAUUGCAUGUCUUCAACAUUUUCGGAUGAUGCUCAACAUGUAUGACAUUGAGGAAGACGACAUUGAUACUAUCAUUGACCAAUCCCAAACAAUUGCACAACCUUCUCCACAUCAAAUGCAGUUACCGACAAUUGAGUUACUCAAAGACUUUAUGAGUGGAAAAACAGUUUUCCGAAAUAUUAUGAGUAUUAUUCUACCAGGAGUCUAUUCUGUUAUUUCUGAGCGUACCAAUCAAAUGUAUGGGCCUCUUCAAGAAAAGGCAGUGUUGCUCUCUUUGGAAAUUAUAAUCCUUGUGUUUGAGAAGGACUUGAUAGUUUCUGACUGCUGGCGCCCUUUAUACCAGUCUCUGGAUGUAAUUCUUUCUCAUGAUCCCAAUCAAAUAUUGGCUUUACUGGAGUACGUUAGAUACGAGUUUCAUCCCCAAAUUCAACAAUGCUCUAUUAAGAUUAUGAGUAUCCUAAGUUCUCGUAUAGUUGGUCUUGUACAGUUGCUGGUAAAAUCCAAUGCUGCUAGUUUGUUGAUUGAGGAUUAUGCAGCUUGCCUUGAACUGCGAUCAGAAGAGUCCCAGAUCAUUGAGAACAGCAGCGACGAUCCUGGUGUUCUCAUAUUGCAGCUUCUCAUUGAUAAUAUUGGUCGUCCUGCUCCAAACAUUACACAUUUAUUACUAAAGUUCGAUCUAGACAUUCCUGUGGAAAGAACAAUCCUGCAACCUAAAUUUCAUUACAGCUGCCUCAAGGUUGUUCUUGAUAUAUUAGAAAAGCUCUCAAAGCCUGAGAUCAAUGCCUUGCUUCAUGAGUUUGGUCUACAUCUUCUUUAUGAGUUAUGCACUGACCCCUUUACAUCCGGUCCAACCUUGGAUCUGUUGAGCAGUAAAAAGUAUCAUUUCUUUGUUAAGCACUUGGAUACACUUGGCACAGCUCCUCUUCCUAAAAGAAGUGGUAAUCAGGCUCUUCGAAUCAGCUCCCUUCAUCAGCGAGCAUGGUUAUUGAAGCUUUUAGUCAUUGAUUUACAUGCUGGAGAUAUGAGCAUUUCAUGUCAUCGAGAAGCAUGUCAAACUAUCUUGGGUCAUGCGUUCGGACAUGAACCAAUUCUAGAUGGUAAUGGUUUUGAUACAUCUAAGUCUCUAGUCCUUCCAAUUGGCCCUGACAGUAAUGUAACCAGAACAAUCAGUAAGAGCAAGGUGUUGGAAUUGCUUGAAGUUAUCCAAUUCAGGUGCCCUGACACUGCUAAGUAUUCCCAAAUGGUCUCAAAUAUGAAAUAUUGUUCCAUGGCUGAGGAUAUCCUAACAAACCCUGCUACCUCAGGUAAGGGAGGUAUUUAUUACCACUCAGAGCGUGGUGACCGUUUGAUUGACCUCGCUGCAUUUAGAGACAAACUUUGGCAGAAAUUAAACUCUGCUAAUCCCACCUCUGGCAGUGGAUUAGAGCUCAAUGAAGUACGAGAUGCCAUUCAGCAGCUGCUACGCUGGGGAUGGAAGUACAAUAAGAAUCUUGAAGAACAAGCUGCUCAACUUCAUAUGUUAACGGGUUGGUCACAGAUUAUUGAGAUCUCCGCAUCCAGAAAAAUAUCUUUGCUUGAAAAUAGAUCCGAGAUCUUUUUUCAGUUGCUCGAUUCCUCUUUGACUGCUUCUGCUUCACCUGACUGUUCCCUUAAGAUGGCAGCUGUAUUGACUCAGGUGGCCCUUACUUGCAUGGCUAAAUUACGGGAUGAAAGGUUCUUAUAUCCUGGAGGAUUGAACAGCAACACCAUUACACCUCUGGAUAUUAUUUUAACCAAGCAGUUAUCAAAUGGAGCCUGUAACUCUAUUCUGCUGAAACUUAUUAUGGCAAUUUUAAGACACGAAACAUCUGAAGCAAUAAGAAGACGCCAAUAUGCCUUGCUUCUAAGCUUCCUUCAGUACUGUGAGCAUGUGCUCGACCCAGAUGUCCCACUCAAUGUUGUGCAGAUUUUAUUCCCCGAUGAUCAAAAUUCCGAAGAACUGGACUUCCAGAAGGUUGACAAAGAGCAAGCUGAAUUAUCUAGGGCCAACUUCUCUAUCAUAAAGCAAGACACUCAAGCAAUCCUGGAUCUGGUUAUAAAGGAUGCAACUCAAGGAAGCGAAUCUGGAAAAACAAUUGCAUUCUAUGUCCUGGAUGCACUGAUCUCUAUUGAUCAUGAAAAAUAUUUCUUGAAUCUCCUUCAAAGCAGGGGAUUCCUUCGGUCUUGUUUUCUGAGUAUCAGCAAUGUUUCCUUCCAUGAUGGAAGGCGCUCAUCGGAUUCGUUACAUCGUAUGUUUAGUCUGGAAGCUGAAUUGGCUUUUCUGCUGAGAAUUAGCCACAAAUAUGGUAAACAAGGGGCCCAAGUUCUUUUUACGAUGGGGGCUUUGGAACAUGUUGGUGCUUGCAGGGAAAUUAAUAUGCCAAUCAAGGGAAGUUUAAGGAAUAUUGAUGCUAUAUCAAAACGAGGUACAUCAAUGAACUUUGACAUUAACCGCAUGAUCAUUGUGCCGAUUUUGAGGCUGGUUUUCUCGCUCACCUCCUUGAUUGAUGUAUCUGAAUUCUUGGAGGUGAAGAAUAAAGUUGUCCGUGAAGUAAUAGAUUUUGUCAAAGGACACCAGUUUAUCUUUGAUCAAGUUCUUCAAGAAGAUGUUAGUUUAGCUGAUGAAUUGACACUCGAACAGAUCAACCUUGUUGUCGGCAUUCUAACCAAGGUUUGGCCAUAUGAAGAGAGCAGUGAGUAUGGUUUUGUUCAAGGGCUUUUUGGAAUGACUCGAGCUCUAUAUUCACAUGAUGAUUCUGGAUCCCUAACAUCCUUUCAGAAUCAGCAGAAAUCAGAGCUCAACAUAUUCCGCCUUUGCUUUAGUGUGAGCUCUUAUUUGUAUUUCCUAGUAACGAAGAAAUCGUUAAGGUUACAGGUUUCGGAUGAUGGUAAGAAUUCUAAUACAUCUACCAGGCGGCAGCAACCUACAUUGAAUUUGCUAGUCUUUUUCCUCAAUUCGGUUACAGAAGCUCUUGAAAGAGCUGGUGAAGAAAAGACUAUACUUCUUAACAAGAUUCAAGAUAUAAACGAGCUUUCAAGACAAGAGGUGGACGAGAUUAUCAGUACUUGUACCAAACAGAACUCGAUUGUUCCUUCUUCCGACAACAUACUGAAAAGGCGAUAUAUUGCAAUGGUGGAAAUGUGUCGAAUUACAGGAAAUAGAGAUCAGCUAAUUACCUUAUUGGUAUUGCUGGCAGAGAAUAUCUUGAACACUGUUCUUGUCCACUUUCAGGACAGUUCUUAUUUUCAAGCUCCGAGUGAAACUCCUAAAAUGAUUGCAUAUAAUAGCAGCCAGCUGAUGAGUGGUGAAGACGAAGACGAGUCUUUGCUGUGUGGGAAGUUAGUUGAUGUCUUGGAGAGGCUCGAGGUUCUCUCUGAGGAGAAAACAGGUCAAAACCUUAAGAUUUUCCGCAGAUUAGCGAGUUCGUUGAAGGAAAUGGCUAUCCAAAAGUUGACAUUAUGAAGCAAAAUCAUCUCCCCGAUAAUUCGCUAGCUCUAUUAUAUAUGUUUGUGCUUGGUUAGUAUGAUCUCUUGUUUAAUUUAGUGUAUGUAAUAGUGGUCACCCUAAUUUGGGAAUAUAAAAAAAUAUUACUGUAAUUCAUCUACUUUUAACUUAUUUUCCUAAGCAAGAUUUU